AUGCAUUAUGAUCGAUCGAAGGAGAUAAAGGCUUUUGAUGAUACAAAAGCCGGUGUUAAGGGACUAGUUGAUGCUGGAAUUGUGGAAAUACCAAGAAUGUUCAUUAGGCCAAUUGAUGAACUUGAUGAGGAGUUGAUUCAGGGGAAGUCAACUCUACAGGUUCCAGUGAUAGAUCUCAGUGGCUUAGAAGUUGAAGAUGUGCGUAAGAAGAUUGUCAAUGAAAUAAGGGAAGCAUCAGAGAAGUGGGGCUUUUUCCAACUGAUAAAUCAUGGGAUUCCUUCAAGUGUUUUGGAAGGAAUGAUUGAUGGGACUCGUAAAUUUCAUGAACAGGAUGCUGAGUUAAAGAAAGAGUACUAUUCGCUUGAUAGAACAACGAGAAGAGUUAGAUACCACAGCAGAAUUCAACUGUCCCAAUCAAAGACCGUGAAUUGGAGGGAUUCGUUGAACAUAGAUUGGAUGGUUUCUGGUCAAAUUGAACCUGAAGAAAUACCACCAGUUUGCAGGAAAGCAUAUGUUGAGUACAUAAAACAUGUCAUAAAACUAGGAGAAACUCUUGUCGACUUACUAUCCGAAGCUCUUGGUCUAAAACCAGACCACUUGAAAGCCAUGGAAUGUGCCAAAGGACAAGCAAUGGCAUGCCACUACUACCCAGCAUGCCCACAGCCAGAGCUAACUCUUGGUGUCGAUAAGCAUACAGAUCUUUCUUUCUUCACAAUCUUGCUUCAAGAUCAAAGUGGUGGACUUCAAAUCAUGCAUAAUAACCAAUGGGUCGAUGUUGAACCGAUUGAACAAGGUUUGGUUGUUAACAUUGGUGACUUUCUUCAGAUCCUUUCAAAUGACAAAUUUGUAAGCAUAAAUCAUAGGGUUGUAGCGAAAAAGGUAGGACCAAGGAUAUCAACAGCAUGCUUCUUCACUGGGGUUUCCGAACCUCCAAAGAUAUAUGGUCCAAUCAAAGAGCUCAUAUCAGAAGAAAAUCCUCCACUAUAUAAAGAAUUCAUUUCUAGUGAUUACAUCACUAAGUUUUUCUCCAAGCCUCUUGAUAUUUCCGGUCUGGAUCAUUUCCGACUCUGA